AUGUUCCUGCGUGUGCCGCAGUACCUCGCCGACCUGCGCUCGCUGCCUCGUCGAGGACUGUAUUGGGGACCGUUGGGUCGGUGGGGGGAAGGGGCUAACUUUAACUUUAUUGUGGGAUUUUGCAUGACACUCUCGAGGGAUGUGGUGCAGCAGUUCGUGUCGUACAAACCGCUGCAGCGUCUUGUGCGCCUGCCCUACAGCAAGGCCCGAGAGGCGGAUUUUCUUUCCUUAAAUAUGGAGCAUGAGGAUGUGAUGGUGGGCCGUGCUUUGCACGAGGUGAAGUAUCCGGAGUUGACGCUUGUGCGAGAGAGUCGGUGCAGCUUUCACGAUCUUCGUUACGGAUGCCGCAGGCGGUCUUUGAGUGAUACUUCUGUUGUUAUUCAUCAUAUUAAAUCGAGGGACUACAUGAAGUUGAUGAGACGCUUUAGUAACGGCACAGCUGCGACGGCGAGAGAGUACAGGCGGCUUCCAAGGUCAUUGUGGUUUCACUGCUGA